UUGCCGUCUACUUCUACCAAUUUGCAAUAAAUGGGGAAAAUCGCACGCCACUUUGAUAAGUUGUUGUCGUUGUCGUCGUCGUCAUUUCCGCUGCUGUCGUUGCCAUCCUUCAAUGAGUAUUGGGAGUGUUCUAUGUGCCUGAAAAACAAGAUGCUGUUGAAAAUUGAAAACACCCUAUUGCGUAGCCAUCGUCAACGUGAGACCACCGGUAUCAAGAAACUGUACAAUUCCUUUUUUGUAUUAUUUUAAUUUCGCCGGCUGUCGUCCGUUACGUUUCACUCA